ACGGCUAAGGAAGAUGUUGAAAGUAAAAAUAAUCAAACAAUUAACAGUAAUUCUGAUAGCAAGGACGAUGAGGAGCAGACCAAGACACGAAACAGUGGCCCCAUUAAGGCUCUUCCACCAGAAACCAGAGGUGAUGAUGAUAACAAGAUGGUCUUGUCCAGAUUUCUCUCGGUUGAUUCUGAAAGAUCCAGCGGCUACCAGCAACACACACAGAUCUCCAAGGAUGACAGCCUUAUGACUCCUGCCAAAGAAAAAGUCCACACGAAUCCUUAUGCUACCAUGAAAAUAUGGCGUCCUACCUCUACAGUAGUGGGUACCACCAGUAAAUCCAAUGAGAAUGUUUACCAUUCAUUUACCAACUUUGAUGCUCUCAGGAUGAACUCUGACCCAGAAUGGGAGGUCAAGAAGGAAAGGAUAACUGCUGCCGGUAACAAUAGAAGUUUGCUGAACCAAGAGUUAUCUUACCACAGGUCAUAUGGACAUUCCCUUGAUAGAAACAGACUAGGUAUGGAUCAGAUAAGCAGGAGGGAUAACCCUGCACAUGUUCUUAAGACUGCGUUUUCAUCGUUUAACGGAUAUGAUGAGCUGCCGGCAGAUUAUUCUAGAGAUAAUUCUCCAACUUCGAUUUUUAGAAGAGUCAGUUUCAGGGAGGAAAUAACCACUGGUAUAUCACAACACAAUGAAGACGCAAAUGGGAGUCCGAUUACGACUGCAGAAACUCUUUUUCUGUUGUCUUCUCCCCCUUCUACCACCUCACCCUGUGUCAAUAGUGACUCACAACCGCCGUCUGUGAAAGAAACAAAGCAUGAUACAAGUUUUCAGGUUGUCAGUGAUGGUACAACCAACUCAGUGAAGUUAGUUCUUUCUCACAGCUACUCAGAGAUAGAUCUGGUGGGCAAGGACAUCGAGAGAUUACUGGCGGAACUCAAGCUGACAAUGGACUCACUACUCACAUCACGUAUUGAUAAAAACCAAGGACAGCUGUCUAUGUGCCUGUCUGAGCUUCAGGUCCAGACCAAACAGUUCAUCCAGGAAGCUAAGAUGGUGGUCAGCAGUGCUAGCCACAGCCAUGAGUUAAUGGUCCAGCAGCUAAAUUCUGCGGUUCAUACCCUGGCCCAUGUGUUUCUGCAUGGGCAGGCAGCCAUGUUGCUGAUGAUUUUGCCGGACCGUGCCAAGCACAUGGGCUUCCAGAUCAUCAAAGCAGCAAACUCAUUCAAAUCCACAGUCAGUGCAGCCAAUCUGGCCUUGGGGAAGAGUUUGAGUGACCCGAAUAUGAAAUACUUGAUGCGCCAGGCCCAAAACCUGGCAACCUUGUUGGCAUCAUUAAUGAGCACAAUCAAAGAAGUUCAGAUGGAGUUAUCUUAG